AUGGGCGCAGAGGAGUCGUUUAAAGAGGAUGGCGCUGACGCGGAUGUCAUGGAUGUGGAUGAGAAAAGAGACAGCAGUGGAGGUGGCAGAGGGUGCGGAGAGAGCAUGGAGCAGGUGCCUCGAGCAUUGCAGCUGCAAACUGUAAGAAAAAAUGCUAUCAGCAGUGCACACUUUCUCUGA